ACGACCGCCGAUACUUGCUCUCCGGGGGGCCUCACGUCCACAUAUUCAGCUAGCGACCGGAUUUGCAACCCAGUAUUCCGCGGCGUGUGGGCAUUGACAAGCUCAACCUUCUCAAAACCUCGCCGCAUUCAUACUCCACUUAUUCACUCUGCGGCCAUCAUGGACUCGGCAACGUGGGCUGUCACGGACCAUUCGGUCCAUCACCCCCCGGCCGAGGAUGAUUUCCAACAAUACCUGGAUAUGAACGGCAUGGGGAACCUGGGCGAUGGCAUCAAUUACACUUUCCAGGACUUUCAGUCCCCGGCCGGCUCGCAGUUGCUGCAAUCGCAUUCCCGGGAGCAGUUAGACAUUCCCAUGAGCGGCACCGACGCCCCAAUGCUGCUGUCUCCUACACAUCCCCCCGGGAUGCAGCACCAGAUGGCCCCCAUCACAACCGCCGCCCCCUACCAGACAGUGCCGGCGACCAUGAUGCCACCUCCAACCCCGAACGAGGCCAUUGUCGACAGCAUCGAUGCCCAGAUCCAGUUCCUCCAGCAGCAAAAGCUCAGGCACCAGCAGAGGCAUUUGGAAGAACAGCAGGCCGCCUUCUUUGCGCGUCAGCAGAGCCGCAUGGUCCCCCCGACCCCGCAGAGUUUGGAGCUCCAGCCGGGGGCCAACCAGUACUAUCCUCCACCCAACGCAGCCGAGCAGCAACAGCAGCAACAGCAGCAGCAGCAGCAGCAGCAACGACAACAACAACAGCAACACCAGGCCAUUGAGUACCGGUAUCAGAGGCUAAAAGACCAGUCGGAUAUGUCAUUCACCCCCUUGGUCUCGCCGGCGGUCACGCCACUCGAUACUCAUUUCUCGGUGGAUUCUCAGUUUGCAGCUGUCUCGGGCGCUUAUUUCAGCCCCCUGACCUCACCUGCUCUGCAUGCACAGUCCGACCCUCUUGCCAUGUUUGACCAGUUACACAGCGUUGUGACGACAAGCUCGCCUGUGGAUAUGGAACUAGACUCGUCGACCGGUACCCCCAUUUCAAAUCCAACCCCUGGAGACCUGGCCAAGAAGAUGCGAAAAAAUGCAGCCAAGGCAAGGGCAAAGUCCGGCAUCAAGCAGUCGCCCAUCUCGAAACCGUUGCGCAGGAGGACUGCCACCACCCCGAACUUGAACGCUCAGGUGCUGAGCGAGCUUGCCGAGAGCGCAGAACAUAACCAACAACUGCCCACACCCAUGAUGCAGACCUCUUCCUCGUCCACGACGGGUGUGACAGAUUCUGAAGACUCGGUCUCCCCCGAGGCCUUGAACGAUACCACGCCAGUGGAGAUGCCCCCGCCUCCAAUACCUAAGUCGCGGUCAGCGAAGCCGUCGCCGUACAUUGCUCCGCAGACCAGCGUGGCUCCCAACUCGCUUCAGCCCCCGCGCCCAGGGUUAGCGUCUCCCGCGACUCCUGCAUCACUGAUGAAGUUGAGCUCGCCAAGUACUCGCAACGCGGGUGCGAAAACUGAUAGCCAGGAAGUCGUCGACAACGACCACAUCGAAACAUUUGAGCUUCCAGAGUCGGCAAACUUUGUGAACACCACGGCUCCACCCAGUAAUGGGCUUACGCCGACACAAUCUUCUGCCCAAGACAACGGACUCUCCAAGACCCCGUCUUUAGGUCCUCUUCCCUCGCCUUCUCUCGUGAAGCCGACUGUCACUCCCUCAGCGACUCAAAGUCCGCAGCUUCUUGCUGGGUCCGGGUUUGCCGCCAGAAAGACGCCGCAGCUCCUACCGAGGGGAAGCAAGAAGCGAGGUAGUGUCAGCUCGAUCCCCGUCUCGCCGGCGCUAAGGCCCAAGAUAUCGCCAAGUAUCAAGCCCUUGCUUCCAGGCGGGCCAGACGUUGAAGAGGCCGCAUCGCACCUUCUCGCCACAAAAUCGAACUACCAGCGCAUCCUCGAAGGCAACACGCUGCCCGGCGUCUCGUACCCGAGCGAGCUCUCGACGAAUCUCACGUCAAAGCGCACGUCUCACAAAAUUGCCGAGCAGGGCCGCCGGAACAGGAUCAAUUCGGCGCUGCAAGAGAUUGCCACCUUACUCCCGCGGCCGCCCAAGGACAGCGAGGGCGAGGGCAGCGAUAACAAGAAGGAUAAGAGCGGCGGGGCGCCGAAUAGCAAGGCUAGCACCGUCGAAAUGGCUAUCGAAUAUAUCAAGCAGCUGCAAAAGGAGGUGCGUGAGGCGAAUCGGAGGGCCGAGGAGGCCGAGAAGAAGCUGGAGCUGAAGGUGGAUGGGAAGAUGGAGGAGACGGAAGAGGAGGCCAAGUGAGAUAGACCUGUUGUUUGUGGAGAGAGGGAGCCCAACAAGACGGGCAUGGGUAAGGCUUUUUGUGUAGCAUGACGGGAAAAAUACAGAUGGGCGUUUCCGGCAACGUAUAUAAAUGGGCUCUUUCAAGGGGAAGCCUCCGAGGGCGAGCACUUCGCUCUGUGUAGCGUAUUGCUAUUUUUCUUGGGACAUAAAGGGGGAGA